AUGAAAUCAGAAGUCCACUACCCGACUGUUGUCCUUGCCGACAACCUCAAGUGCGACGUGUUAAAGAAGACCUACAAGAUUUUUGAAGACGAGCUGUUCUGCGGAGCUUACCAGCAGCUGUUACAUGCUAAAACAACGAGCUUCUUGCAACCCCUCAACCUCGGCGUCAUGAAACCGUUCAAGUGA